CUCUUGCAAAGCUUCAAUUCUAUUCAAACAUAUUCACUUGUGUGAGAAGUGAGAACCCCUCUCUCUCUCUCUCUCUCUCUCUGUCUCGCAAAAUUAGAGAUGAAGAUGAGUAGCACCACCAUGGGAGGGUCCAAGAGGAGGAUAUCAAGCAGAGGACUUGGAGGGGUCCUUAAAGAGCAAAGGACUAGGCUCUACAUUAUAAGGAGAUGUGUAGUCAUGCUACUUUGUUGGCAUGAAUGAAUGAAUAUCAUCAUUCCAUGAAGAUCAAGAUUGUUCUUUUCCUUCUUUUUUUUAUCCAACUCUUUUUUGGUUCUCUUUUUGGAGUGUAAAUAGCAUCGGUAGAUAUUAUUAGGGAGGUUUAGAACAAAGUUUUGUACCAAUUGGCCUCUUGUUGGGCUUGAUGUUUAUCAAAUUAUUAGCUUCGAUUUAAACUACGGUUUUGAUCAACAAAUUAUUUAUCAAUGUUGUUUGAUUU